AUGCACCGGCAGUGGACUCAGCUUGGCAAGGCAAUACCGGAUGAUACUUACUUUAAAGUAACAGUCGAACAGAUGGAUACAAGACCACUUUCUGUAUAUGAUAGCGAAGUUAGUGGUGCAAUUGCAAAUUUGAGAAAAAAUAUACUUAGAGAUAAGAGAUUAUGUAUACCAGUAAUCGCACUUUCGAUUUUGAUAUUCAGUCUCAUUAUUACUGUAAUUGUAUUAGCAGUUUCACCCUCAACUAAAUCUAUAUUGAAUUCAAUAAAUGAGUCGGUUGAUCCUUGUGAAGAUUUUUAUCAAUUCAGUUGUGGUAGAUGGAUAGCAGAACACGAGAAAAAUGAAUUUUCAGUUACAACUACAACUAUUCUAUAUAAUAAAUUAGAUAAAGAUUUUAAAGAAAUAUUUGAAUUAAUAAAAGAGGAGAAAGAUCUGCCAAGAAGUGUAAAAAACGUUAUGAGAGCUUUUCAUACUUGCAUGCAUUACGAUGGUUUAAAUCCUGACAGUAAAGCUUGGAUAAAAAAUAUCACUAGGCAAGCUGGAGGUUUUCCAUUGAUUGGAGAGUAUCCUCAAGAAUCGUCAAAUUUUAAUUGGACUGAUAUUUAUUUGAAGCAAUUCAAAACUUACUUCACGAGUUUUCCAUUUUUAAUAAAAAUUGAUGUAAAUCCAUUCAACUCGAGUGAAAAUAUAAUACACAUUAGUCCGCAUCUUGUCCCAUGGAUGGAAGAAGAUAAAUUAUACAAACUUGUCAAUUUGUUCGAACAAUUCUUGUACAUGAAAGAGAAAGAAAUUUCCGACAUACUUUGGUUUAAAGAAAUCUUUUCUGAUUUAACAGAAUCAUAUUAUCAAUUGGAAAUAGAUAAUAAGGAACGUCAGUUAGUAAAAAUUAAUGAAUUAAAAUCGAUUUAUCCGGAAGUGGAUUGGUUACCUUUUCUCAAUAAUCUGUUUGAUGGUUUUCUAGAAUCAAACACCGUCAUAACAGGUGACGACAAAGUCUUGUUAGAUGGAAAAACAUGUAUUAAAAGAACUUUCGAAAUUCUCAAGAAUGAUAAAGUUACUAAAAGAUUAUUGUUGAAUUACGGCGGUGCUAUUUUUGCAAUGGAAUUUCUUGAUAUUCAAGAUUUUCUUGAAGAUGAAACGUUUAAUUACCCUAAUAGUAUCCCAUUACCUAUAGAAUCUGAGUAUAAUAAUUGGGUUAUAUGUAAAGCCUAUCUAGGAGAAACAACUGGUCCAGUUUUCAAUUAUUUAUAUGGAAGAUAUAAAUAUAAGAACACUGCUAGCAAAGAAAUGUUCGAUUAUAUAGUAAAAGUUAAGAAAGAACUGGUCGAUCAAUCGACAUGGUUAGAUGAACCAACCAGAAAAGCAAUUCAAGACAAAUUGGAUCACAUGGUGACAUUCAUAGGUUUACCACCUUGGACUCAAGACGUUGAAAAGUUGGACGAAUAUUAUAAAUUAUUACCUGAAAUGGCGGACAAUUUUUACGAAAACGUCUACAAACUAAAUGAAUUUAAAGAGAAAAAAGAUGCUUCGUUUUAUGGAAAGAAAAAUGACAGGACUGAAUGGCUACCAUAUUUCAAAGAGAAAAAAGAUGCUUCGUUUUAUGGAAAGAAAAAUGACAGGACUGACCAUUACUUGGCUCUGAUUUUUCCCUUUUUUCCUUUAAAACAUAAUGGUUUAGAUUACGAUAAAUUAUAUUGGAUAAUAAAUAAAGCUAUUGAAGCUGGAGGUUUCCCAUUGAUCGAUAAGAGUUUUAAUGAACGACGAUUAUUUUAUAAUUGGCCUGAUGUUUAUAUCAAGCAAUUUAAAACUUACUUCAUCUCUUCCCCGUUAUUGAUAAGCAUUUAUUCGAAUUAUUUAAAUACGAGUGAAAAUGUGAUAUAUAUCUCUAUACCUAAUUCUGCACUUUCUUCUCCGAAUAAAGAAUUUUUACGUAUAAUCGCCUCGUUCUUCGGUAGUAAUAAAUCCGCUGAUAAAGAUAUCGAAGACAUACUUUGGCUUCAUAAUUAUAUUUCUAAUAUUUCACGUCCAUCCUCUGAAUUAUUGGCAGAUGAUCAUGAGUAUGAAUUAAUAAAAAUAAAUGAAUUAAAAUCGAUAUAUCCAGAUAUCGAUUGGUUGUCUUUUCUAAAAAAUCUACUUGAAGACUUUCUAGAAACAGGAACCACUAUUACUGGCAACGAUAAAGUCUUCUUGCUUGGAAAAACAUAUAUUAAAACUAUCUUAGAACUUCUCAACAAUGGAACAAUUUCUCAAAGGCUAUUAUUGAAUUACGGCGGUUCUGCUUUUCUGACAGAGUUAUUUACGUAUAAUUAUCUUGAAGGAAGUAGUCUAAAGUUAAAACAUAAAACAGCUACGAAUGUAAAAUGGUCUCAGUGUAAAAGUUUCUUUACACAAACAGUUAGUCCCGCUUUGGAUUAUUUAUAUGGAAAGUAUAGAGAAGAAAAAUUUAUUAGCGAAGAACUGAUCGAUUAUAUGAUGAUGGCUAUGAAAGAAAUGGUAAAUCAAUCGACGUGGUUGGAUGAAUUAACCAAAGAAGAAGUCCAAGACAAAGUAAGUAGAAAAAGUAAUCACUUUAUAACGUUGUGCUUAUUCAAACACUUUUUAAACAUGUUUUAA